AUGCCCUCACUUAUAUUGAUCUAUUUUCUCAUCAACAGCACGACGAUGCUUCACAUGAUUACUACAAGCUCAGACAUGGAUUUUACAAACAGCAUGUUAAGAGUCGAUCACGAUGGAGACAUAUAUGGAGGAUUAUCAUCCUGUUCUUCUGUGGUCUCACCUGGUCCAACCACGGUUCAUUCGGCCCCAGCUACCCCCAUGCACAAUCCAGAUGGCAGUGUUGAUGUUGGCUAUAGGACUGGAUCGCAGCGUGGCUUCUUUGAGGGACUUCUGGGAUGUCUGAAGCCUGUAUGGACUAUUCUGGGCAAGGCGACGGCAGCGGAGUUGAAGCAGCAAGAUGACUGGGAAAUACCAUUUGAAAGUAUCACCGACUUGCAGUGGCUGGGGAGUGGCGCCCAGGGCGCGGUUUUCCUGGGGAAGCUGUGCAGUGAGGAGGUGGCGGUCAAGAAAGUCAGAGACGUGAAGGAAACAGACAUACGUCACUUGCGGAAGCUGAAUCAUCCAAAUAUCAUCUCUUUCAAGGGUGUCUGCACUCAAGCUCCCUGCUACUGCAUCAUCAUGGAGUACUGUCCCUACGGCCAGCUGUAUGAAGUACUUCGCGAUGGUAAGGAAAUUCCACCCACACUUGUACUGGACUGGGCCAAACAAAUCGCUAGCGGCAUGAACUACCUCCACUCACACAAGAUCAUCCAUAGGGACCUCAAGUCUCCAAAUGUCUUGGUCUCCUCCAAUGACAUAGUGAAAAUCUCUGACUUUGGCACCAGUCGAGAGUGGAAUGAGAAAAGUACCAAGAUGUCUUUUGCUGGUACAGUUGCCUGGAUGGCACCCGAAGUGAUCAGAAAUGAGAUGUGCAGUGAGAAAGUUGAUAUUUGGUCGUAUGGAGUUGUACUGUGGGAACUGCUAAUCGCAGAAGUGCCCUACAAAGAUGUUGAUUCUUCUGCCAUCAUUUGGGGAGUUGGCAGCAACAGCCUCCAUCUGCCUGUUCCAACAACCUGUCCAGAAGGAUUUAAACUUCUUAUGAGGCAAUGCUGGAGCGCUAAACCCAGGAACAGACCAUCUUUCAGGCAGAUCCUCAUGCAUCUGGAAAUAGCCUCAUCAGAGCUCCUCAACUACAGUCCUGAGAAAUUUGUAAACUCUCAAGCCGUAUGGAGAGAAGAAAUCCAAGAAAGUUUCCAGAAAAUGAAGGCUGAGGGAUCUAAUUUACCACAACUAGAGGAAGAACUAAUCAAAAGGAGGAAAGAGGAGCUGAGGCAUGCCCAGGAUGUCAGAGAGCACUAUGAGAGGAAACUGGAGAGAGCCAACAACCUCUACAUGGAGCUGACAGCGUGUAUGUUGCAGCUGGAGAAGAGGGAACGGGAGCUAAUCAAACGUGAACAACAGCUGAUGCUGUACAACAAGCGAAGGAAAAGUAUUGUACGACCCAUUAUUAAGGCUCAGGAGAAACUAGACAGAAUCACCAAGAAGCGAACCCACAAGUCAGCUUCAGACAUAACUACCCCAGACUCCAUGAAGAACAUGGAGGGCAGUAGCAUGACCACAAGCUCGGAGAUGGUGCUUCCGUCACCAAACAAGAUGCGUUCCCGGAAAUCUCGCCACCGACGUAACAACAGCCGUGGUUCUGUCAAAGACUUAAUUUCACCUUUGAAGUCUCCAUCACGUGAACCUUUUCAUUUAGGGGAGCAUGUGGACUACCAAAAUGUAGCAGUGCUGCAUCAUGCUGAACAUGGCCAUCACACACCACAUCCAGGCAGUUUCAAAUUCCUGGGUCCUGGUACAGCUAUCAGAGAACAGCCAACUGAGGAUGAAGAUGAGAGCACUCAAGGAAAGUGUCAGCUUGAAGGAGUUGACAGUAAACUCUGUUCUGGUAGCUGUCGGUUAUCUGAGUGUUCUCCAGCAUUGCAAAGUCCUGACUGUAGCACCAAUGGUAACGCUUAUGAUACCUCAAUAAGAUGUGAUGGUAGCUGUAGCGGUGCAGCUUAUAACAGCAAGAGAUCAUCUCAGAUAAGUGCGGAUGUUGAAAGUGCAUGUGACACGUCACCACUGCCUAGCCCAAGACAUCCUCUGAUAGAGACAAUGAUAGAAAAAUCCUCACCGGAGGCAGAUAUCUCAUUUCGCCAAGACACCGGUUCAGGGUCCUGUUCUUGCUCCCCGAUGGCAUCACCUGCUGAUUGGCAACAAUCCAUUACUCAGCCUAACCCCAUCAGAGAAAAGGACUCUAAUGAAAAUUUGCACUGCCCUAUCAUUACCUCUGAUAUCUGUGACACAUCAACUCAUUCAGAAGAUUCCUGGUCAGAAGAAGGGGAACUCAGCGAUGAUGAAGAAUCCUUACAACAGCCUCCAUGUCGACAGUCAUAUUCAGCCCAGAGUUCUGAGGGUGUCUUUUCUGAGGAGGACACGACCAGCGACCAGUCUGGACACAAAGAUGGCAGUGGUGAUGGAGAGAAUGGACACCUAUCGACUGGCAGCACAGAGAAUCUAGAGGCAGAACUGUCUAAGUCUACAUGCAUAUCAGAUGGCUUGUCUGACAGGGAGUUGACUGUACAGAAGAUGAAAAACAAGGUUAACUCCACUGACAGAAUAUUUGAGAACUCUGACACAGAAACAAGUUUAGAUUCUGAUGAGUGCUCAGAUAUAACAGUCUCUACUGCAGUCUUCAUGACCCGGUCUUUGGAGAGUAGCACCCUCUGGUAG